CGGUCUUCAGAUCAGAGAAGACCAGCUCUGGGUGGGGCGGAGUAAAAGGAGGGCUUGAGCCCAGCCCCUGCCUCCACCUUGCUCACCAUCGGGCUGGGAAGGGGGCCCAACACAAAGGACAGAAGCAGAAAGCACCAGAAACCUGGGAGCCUGUGACACCAGAUCCUGUGUGGGCCCUGUAGGGGGUGUGGGGAGCAGGGCUCUUAGCCAGUUGACCUGGGCCCCAGGCUGUCUCAGGAAGCCAGGCUCAUGAGGUCUGCUGGGGGCAUGCAGGUAGAACCCUGGCCCUGUGUGAGGUGAGGCAUGGUUGCCAGGUGACGGUGCCAGGGUAGCCACCCACCAUCAGAAGCACUCUGCUGUGCUCACCCCUCAGCUGCAGCCACCCUGGUGCCGCUCCUUCCCAGCCACCAUGGCACGGCAGUUCAACAUGGACACGGUGCGGCAGAACUUCUGGAAGGAGGAAUAUAUGAGGGAAAAGAUGUUGCGCUGUGAAUGGUACCGCAAGUAUGGGUCGAUGGUGAAGGCCAAGCAGAAGGCUAAGGCUGCAGCCCGCCUGCCCCUCAAACUGCCCACCCUGUACCCCAAAGCCCCACUCUCACCCCCACCCGCCCCCAAGUCAGCCCCUUCCAAGGCACCCAGCCCUGUCCCAGAGGCUCCUUUUGAGGCAGAAAUGUACCCGGUACCACCUGCCAUCCGAGUCCUGCUGUAUGAAGGCAUCUCCCACGACUUCCAGGGGCGCUAUCGCUACCUCAAUACCCGAAAACUGGACAUGCCAGAGACGAGAUACCUCUUUCCCAUCACCACCAACUUCACAUAUGGCUGGCAGCUGGGCCCCCCAGUGAAGCAAGAACUGGUCUCCUGCAAGAUGUGCCGCACUGAGUCAUUCUUCCGCAAGAACGGGGCCUUCGCACUACUGGAUCCCCGGGACCUGGCCCUCUGACCAUCAGCCAGGCAUGGGCUUAGGGGAGGGAAGAAAAAAUAACAGGCCUCCUGGUGGGGCAAAGCUGC